AUUAUGCUCAUCAUAAGCCUGUCUACUGCGCACCUCCGUUACAGCGGCUUCUUCCAGGUGCAUCCUUGACCCAAGCUUGGAGUAGCGCUUGUUAGCUCUAUACGUUCGGUAACUCACCAUCGACAGCAUGAAGCGUGCCAGGCCGAACGAGGUUUCAGACGGCCUGGACCAGCAGAGCUUGGCGGCCGCGGGCGGGGCCGGGGCCGGGGCUCAGAUUUCGGAUGGUUUCCCUUGUGUCAGGCUCCGGGGGCUGCCUUUUGAUGUCAUGGAGGGGGACAUCAAAAUGUUUCUGGAGCUGGAAACUGUGGAUAUCGUCAUGGUGAAGCGGGAUGGGCGGUUCUCGGGGGAGGCCUUGGUGGUCCUGGGCUCGCUGCAGCUGGUUGAGGCGGCGCUGUCGAAGCACCGUCAAUUUAUCGGGCAACGCUUCAUUGAGAUUUUCCCAUCAUCGAAACGAGACUACUACCGGGCGGUGGCUGCCUACGUUUCGGGCGACAGCUACGGGCAACAGGGAAUGGGCAUGGGCCGUGGCGGCAUGGGUGCUGGCAGCGGUGGUACAACUUGGCUUAAGCUGCGCGGUUUGCCAUUCGCCGCUGUCCCCGACGACAUCAUCGCCUUCUUUGACGAUGGCACUUUGGGCAUCCCACGCCUGGACCCAUCCCGGGUCCAUAUGUGGACGGACGGAGGGCGACCAACUGGCAUGGCGCUAGUGCAGUUCAACACGCCACAGGAGGCAAGCAUUGCGCGCAGCAAGGACAAGGGGCUUAUGGGCACACGCUACGUGGAGAUUUUCCCCGCAACGCGUGGCGACUUGGAUAAGUUCAUGGCGCGCACCGGCGAGCAGAUCGCCGUGUAAAGGUAUUGGCGGGCUGGUGCAUUAGGUGUAUCAUUGACGCUAAUGAGCACACAGCUCGGACAGCUGAGCGCGUGCGGGUUGAUUAUUGGUACAUGAUAAACUGGUGACGGGGGGGAUGACUACUUGUAGGAUUCCAAGUUGAAAGGAGGGUUUGGGGUGUUUCCCGGACGCGGACGGUAUGACUGGCGUGGUCCUACACUAAAGACUUUCGCACCCGAUUCUGCGGGCUGUUGACAGGAAGUUACGGGCGUGUUUGGUUUCCUGAAUUAACUGCAUGGACAAUGCCUCCGGCAAUUUAACUGGUUAGGGUGUGUGGCUGAUGCCCCGUGGCGUAUAUGUCGUCUUCCUCCGCAUUGCGCAUUUCUAAUACGAGACGCUGUAAACCACCCCAUAUAUG